AUGUCUGCCGAAGCAGGACCCAGCAACCUCGUCGAGGUCACCUCGCCCGAGCACUUUACCGAGAUCAUGCAGAAGGACUUGACUCGGAUCUCGCUGCUCAACUUUCAUGCUCCGUGGGCCGAGCCAUGCAAACAGAUGAACGAAGUGGUCCGCGAGAUCGCCAUCAAGUAUCCUCAAGUGCUGUGUCUCGAAAUCGAGGCAGAGUCUCUUCCGGAUGUCUCUGAAUCCUUCGACAUCGAGGCAGUACCCUCGUUUGUAUUGCUUCGUGGUCACACGCUCCUCUCUCGCAUCAGCGGUGCCAACGCUUCUGCCCUCUCGGCAGCUGUCGCAACACACGCUGCUUCCGCUCGAUCCAACGGCACUGGCAGUGUCUCCAAGACCUCGGCCGCCCCACGUGCUGCGUCAGACGUCUACGACGCUUCAAGUUCCAAACGUAACGGCGCUUCCACCUACGCUGACGAGGAAGACGAGGAAAAUGUUGUGCCCGAGACAGAAGAGGAAAUCUUUGCGAGGUGCAAAAAGCUCAUGGAACAGAGCAAGGUGAUGCUUUUCAUGAAGGGCGACCCGGACACACCGCGUUGCGGUUUCAGCCAGAAAACGGUCAACCUUUUGCGACAAGAAAAGGUUGAUUUCGGCCACUACGACAUUCUCAAGGACGAAAAUGUACGACAGGGUCUUAAGAAGCUCAAUGAAUGGCCUACUUUCCCACAGAUCAUUGUCAAUGGCGAGCUUAUCGGUGGUCUUGACAUCCUCAAGGAGAGCAUCGAGAGCGGAGAGUUCCAAGAGAUGCUCCAUGCUUGA